UGGGAGAUAAUUGCCUGCUGCAGGGACCCUGGACCGCGUUAGGCGCUUUGCGGCGUUUAUCUUCCCUGCCUCCCUAGGCGGUUCCAGCAUCGCCCCCCUUUCACGGACUGGGAAACACGCCUGACUCCAGAGCUUGUGUUUUCCUCACUGCACUUGGGAACAGCGUUUCAGGAGGGCCCGGGGAACCUCGCAGAGCCAGGUCACCCCUCUCAGUUUGUGGCUCUUAGUUGUCUGGCAUGCGCUGGCCUUUGCAUACGCUGUUCGCCCCCCUGAGAACCUCCAUCCCCAUCUUUGUCUGCUUUUGAACUUCAGAAUCUGCAAGUGUCAGCUCAGAGGUCACGUCUUCCUGAUGCUUUCUUCAACACCCUCCCAGCCCCUCUGCUGCUGCCCUCCGGCCGUCCUCUCACGGCACUGAUAACAGCUGUCCUUGCCAGAGGACAGAGGACAGGGACAGAGCUGCUGUUUUCUGUGUGCCAGGGCCCAGCAAAGGGAAUGUAGGGAGGGUGGGAGGUGCAGGGCAGCUGGGGUUAGGGGCUGACGGCUGGGUGUUGGAGGCUGGAUCCUGCUCUAGUGGAAGUGUCCCUUUAACAGCAGCCGCCUGGCCUGGCUUGGGCCCUGCUUUGCCUCCUGUUCAGCUGUGCCUGCAGCUGCCAUGCUGACUCAUGUGCCCGCAGCUAGCAGGAGCUGGCAGCAUGGGCUCCCCAGGGGCCACGGUAGGCUGGGGGCUUCUGGAUUAUAAGACGGAGAAGUAUGUGAUGACCAGGAACUGGCGAGUGGGCGCCCUGCAGAGGCUGCUGCAGCUUGGGAUCGUGAUCUAUGUGGUGGGGUGGGCUCUCCUCACCAAAAAAGGCUACCAGGAGCGGGACCUGGACCCCCAGGUUUCCAUCAUCACCAAACUCAAAGGGGUUUCCGUGACUCAGAUCAAGGAGCUUGGAAACCGGCUGUGGGAUGUGGCUGACUUCGUGAAGCCGCCUCAGAUGCUGGGCCCAGCUCUCCCCUGGAUCUUCAGUAUUAAGAAGCAGCAGGCUGUUGGAAUAUUCUGGUUGAAGCCAGGUUUCUGAGUGGACGUCCAACUUACU